AUGCAAAACCCAUGGCCCGUGAUAUAUCCAGGGUUGACGUUGCAUAAGGCUCACCAAUCGCAUCUACACUUGGCACCUGGUCGAAAUUCGGCACCUGCCCCUGGGUCGUUUCAACAGUCCGGAGAGCCAGCGGGGCAUGGUUGUCGGAUCUCCCAUACAGCGAUCGGAUACUGCAAUAAAUGCAUGUUGAUAUCAUGGCCCGAGUUCCUGAUCCGGUUCCAUCACGAAUUGAAUGUUUUGUGUUGGCUGACUCUGAUGACUUUGAUGACUCUGUUUGGCGCGUCCACGUCCACUUCCACUUCCACUUCCAUUUCCACGCCCUUCAUUGCCAAGACAAAAAGGGCAAUGCAAAGCAUCCUGUUCCACUCUUGCUGUUACCAUCGGUGA